UCGUUUGUUUACAGCUCAAUAGUCGCCCAGCCGUUCUAGCUUCCCUUCUACUCUGUGGUAUUUCUGGCGUAUCUACGGUAUCAGCAACUAUGAGGGUUAUUGUAGGUGGUGGUGGUGGCUUCAUUGGGAAAUUCUUAUUGCAGUUACUGAAUAAAAGAGGUCACAAAGUCACUGUCAUCUCCCGUAAACCUGGGGAGAGGAGAAUUACAUGGGAUGAUGUCUCUAAAAAAGGAAUUCCAAACUGCGAUGCAGUUGUUAAUCUGGCUGGUGAAAAUGUCUUGAAUCCACUCAAAAGGUGGACACAACAGUUCAAGCAGGAGGUUAUCUCCAGUCGAAUUGACACUACACGCACUUUGGCCGAGGCUAUCAGUCGUUCAGAAAGCCCUCCACGCUCUUGGAUCUUAGUUACCGGAGUGGGUUUUUAUCCUCCCAGUCGUACUCAACAAUACUCUGAAGACAGUCCUGGGGGCGAUGCUGACUUUUUAUCUCGUUUAGUGAGGGACUGGGAGGCUGCAGCAGAGUUGGGAGUCACAGAUCGUGAUGUUAAAACACAGCUGGUGAGAGUUCGCUCAGGUGUGGUCUUGGGUCGUGAUGGGGGUGCACUGUCUUCUAUGCUCUGGCCGUUCCGCCUGUGCCUUGGAGGACCGGUGGGCUCUGGGAAGCAGCCUUUUCCUUGGAUUCACAUUGAAGACUUAUGCCGACUGUUGUGUCAAGUAAUAGAACAGGAGGGAAGGUGUGGUGGCAUUCUGAAUGCAGUGUCUCCUUCCUCAAUCACAGAUACUAAUGCUGACUUCACUCAUGCCCUGAGCCAGGCUCUGAGGCGUCCUGCCAUCCUUCCUGCACCGGCCUUUGCUAUCCAGGCCCUUCUGGGGCAGGACAGAGCAGUUAUGCUGCUGGAGGGCCAGAGAGUUGCCCCAAAAAAGACAUUGGAAAGUGGAUUUACCUUCUUGUAUCCAGACCUCAGCUCAGCCCUUUCAGAACUCUUGAGUUAAGUAGAAAGUGGGCAAGAACAUCAAAAACCAGUUUUCAGUUGGCUUCUACUAAGUGUUACUAGGUGGACACACAGGUGCCCACUGUCAGCAGUGUAGUAACAAAGUCGCUGUUGUAUACUGUAUUCACAGGACAGGAGGUUGCGUAACAAUCACUACAAGCUACUGCAAGAACCAAUAAAUCCAUAGCUUUUCCUGUCUAUUAUUGGUGUAUACUGAAAGAGGUAUUCACUGGUAGUUAAGGGUGGUUUGUUGGGAAUGAAGGUACUCUGUAUAUCUAUGACCUAAGGUAAGGUGGCUGGAUAUGUAAACUGCAAAUUAUUAAAUGGUAUACCUUUUAACAUGUAAUAUACUGUGUAUUGUAUUUAAAUAAAGACUGUUUUAAGG